CCAUUAACGACUUGUACACACGUCUCAGUUGAGGGCCGAUUGCGUUGCAAAACAAAGUCCAUACACUGCUACACAUUAUAGAGAUACAACAUUUUUGUGUUAAACAGAGCAAGGGUGACCUGAUAUUUUGUAUUCAAGUAUCCAAAAGUCAUGCUCAGGUUUGAGAAUAAGGUCACCCUGGUAACUGGUGGUUCCAAAGGCAUUGGUGAAGGUGUGGUACGGGAAUUUGUCAAAGCUGGAGCUAGAGUUUCAUUUUGUGCGAGGGGUGUGGAGACAGGGCAGGCUCUGGAGAAGGAGCUAAACAAAAAAGGCCCCGGGGAAUGUUUCUUUAUUCAAUGUGACGUCAGAGACGAGAGCCAAAUUAAGAGAACCAUCGAGAAAACCAUAGCACGGUACACACAGCUUGAUUGCCUGGUAAACAAUGCAGCUUGGCACCCUCCUGAGCAAACCAUCGAUGACGUCAGUGUUGAAGAGUUUACUGAGCUGCUCAAAUACAACGUUGUCAGUUAUUUCGUUUUCUGCAAGAAUGCACUUCCGCAUCUUAGAAGGACAAAAGGAAACAUUAUAAAUGUCUCAAGUCACGUGGCCAAGAUGGGAGAACUUUGCUCCAUUCCAUACAUAAGUACGAAGGGUUGCAUCGAUGGAAUGACAAAAGCUAUGGCGGUAGAUGAAGCGAAAUAUCAAGUCCGAGUAAACUCUGUUUCUCCAGGGAAUAUUUGGACACCCCUUUGGAAAGAGGUGGCAGAUUCUUCUGCCGAUCCGGAUGCAAUGAUUAAGGAGGGAGAAGAAAGCCAGCUUUGUGGUAGGUUCGGUACCAUUGAAGAAGCCGGGAAGAUGUGCCUAUUCGUGGCCGCUGAUGCGACAUUCUGCACCGGCAAUGACUUCUUAUUCACCGGUGGAGCGGAGCUGGGGUACGGCCGCAAGACACAGAUUAAACCAGCGGAAUGAACGGUCGAGUUGGUCUUCUGUGACAGUGACAGGAUAAAAGUGUUCUGAUGAUAUGACCCCAAUUUCAAGAUUAUGCCCUAAUUCUCAUAUGAAAAUCUUUGCUUUGAAUGAGACUGCCAUGAAAUCAUAGUGAAGUGCAGGACUAAUGGUAGACUUUGAGGCGCUAGGUGGCAGCAGACUUACCAGGUAAACUUCCAUUGUUUACGUAGUUCACAUUACCGAGAACAAUGGAUUUUACCUGGUAAGUCUGCUGCCACCAAAAGUCCCCUAUUGGCUGAAAUUCAAGGAGCUAUUUCUCUGUCACAAUGGGAAAUGUGAUUCCUUAUACCAUCUUGAAAAUCUGAGUCACGAGAAAAUAGUGAAAAACCGUGUACACCUUUUGCAUGUGAUCGAUUUAAAAGUAAUGAAUAAAACACCAAACGGAAAAUUAAUUGUGUUUAUUUCACAUAAAAUAAUAUGACAUUUCAGAGGGAUUAUUUCAAGGGAUGUUUUUACUAUCCUCAUCUUUGAGUAAUUUUAUGUAAGGCUGUGGUAUUCACGACUUUCUUUUUGUCUUACCAAUUCUGUAAUGUUCCUUUAAAGGCAGUGGACACUAUUGGUAAUUACUCAACAUAAUUAUUGGCAUAA